UCAUGGAGUGCUCAGAAAAACUUCGGCCCCUUAUCGGGUCUCCAUAUCACCCGGUAUCCGAUAUCACUCAAAUUAGUUGACAACCUCAAUAAUCCCAUGGUAUCUGUUCAUUUAACUCUCCUCGAUCCUUCCGAAUCUCAUGAUAUUCUCCGUAAUCCCAGAUAUCUAAUAAAUCCCCUUGAUCCUCUAAAUCCUCAAUAUACUUCAUAAUCCACCUGUAAUCAUUAUCCAUUCAAACCCUUAUAUUUUCAAACCAUUCAAACCCUUAUACUUUUCAAUUUUAUGUAUAAUUUUGAAGAAAAAAAAUACUUAAUAUCUCGUAUCUCGUGGUCUCGUAUCUCGUGAAAUCUCGUAUUUUUUGAGAGAUCUCGUAUCUCGUUUUAUCUCGUUCUCGUAUUUUUUUGAGAAUCUCGUAUCUCGUGAAUCUCGUGUCUCGUAUUUUGUGGGACUCGGCCCACCCCUGCUAGACAUGUUUAUAUGACUAUGUUUCUACAAAUCUCAACUUCCUUUUAUUUUUCAGUUCUACACACAUUUAAAGUUUCUUGGAGGUGAUGCUCCUUCCUUAAUGUUCGUUCACCGCUGGAUUUUACUUUUCUUUAAAAGAGAAUUCCCCCAAGCUGAAGCUUUACAUAUCUGGGAGGCUUGUUGGUCUCGUUAUAGAAGUGCCCAUUUCCAUUUGUUUGUAGCUUGUGCAAUUGUUUCAGUAUUCGGUCCAGAUGUAGUCUCUCAACGCUUGCCUAACGAUGAAAUUCUUUUAUAUUUUUCUUCCCUAGCAAUGCACAUGGAUGCAAAUUUAAUUUUAAGAAAAGCUAGGGGGCUUCUUUAUCAAUUUCACAGAAUGCAACGAAUUCCUUGUACUCUGGCUGGUUUACAAAUUUUGGAGGAGAACGAACCAAAUCAGUGGAAUUCACAUGUGUCUGUUAAAAAAGAAUAUUUCUGUACUGGAACGCAUGGAAGUGAUGAAACUUGCCCUAUGAAAUCAGAAGAAGAAGAACAGUCUAGUCUAUAA